AUGAGGAGCAAACGUUUAUGCUCGUCUGAUGCCAGAGACCGACAACAUGAAGAAAAAGAUGGUGAAGAAGGCAGAGAUGGCAUUGGUGCCAGUGCUUUAGCGUCAAGCUCUUCUGAGAGGUGUCCAAUAUGUCUGAACAGUCUUUCUCUAGAGGUUGGCUUUCCAGAAGAUUGUUGUCAUGCUUUCUGUAUAUCCUGCAUUCUUAAGUGGUCUGAAACCUCAUCAUCUUGCCCUGUUGACCGCAAACCUUUUCAAACCGUGUAUAAAAUAGAUCCGGUUGGCAGAUGCACCAAGAUCCAUGUCGCGGCAAGAAGACAAAGAGAAAACUGCAGCUGCAACCUGUGCCAGUGGUGCUGUACAAAAGGGAAGAUAUGCUUUAGAAUGGAUGUUCUGAAGAAAUAUGCAAAUGAAAUCGUGAAUGUUUCCACAAAAGAUGGAUGCAAAGAUGAUGGGAUAACAGAAUUAGAGUUGAGGAAUCAGAGCUGCGAUAGCCUUUGCUUGGCUGGUGAUUUUAUUGCUGCAUCCAUUUCUGACCCUGCUGACCUAAAUCACAAUAAUAGUGCAGAGAUAGAAGAGGAGAGUGAUCUGUGUUUAAUACAGCGGAAGAGGGAAGGGCUGAAACAUUUGAGGCUUCCAGCAACUAUGGAAAGAACUGAAAGCAAUUCCUCAUUUUCUGUUGAAACGCUUAUCCACUCACCAUCGUUUUUGGGUGACUAUAUAUUUACCAUAAGACCUUUAUCUGUCAGGAGCAAAGGUUUUUCCAAGAGAACAUGUGUUCACUCUUGUGCUCAAGAAGGAACAGAGAAAAAACAAGCCGCUUCUAGUAAUAAAGGAGCAAGAAAAAAAAAAGUGUGCAGUCCAGUACUAGAAGACGCUCAGCAAGAAACAGCAAACCUGAUGUCAGCCAACUUCAAAGCUCACCAAAAUCCAGCAACUCUGAUAACGAUGCACCUGGCUGUAAUAGCUCUUCCACAAACACACUGUCAACUGAUCAUUCAAAUAAACCACCUGCAAAACAAAGAAAGAGAGCACCCAAAAAAGCUCCUCAAACAAGAAAGCGACUCAGGUCAGCAACACAAACUCAGCAAGAAGCUGGUGAAAGUAAAGGUGAUUCUGAAAGUGAAUCGGAACAAGAUGAAAAAAAGUUGAAGAUGCCAGAUUUGUCUGACACAACACAGUUUGAAGUAACUAGGUCUCCUGCAAGCAGUUCUGAAAAGGUAUACCAGCCAGUAGAAGAUCAUUCCUCUGUUUUGUCCCCUAUGGACCAGUCUGCAGAAAAACACACACCUGAUUCAUCACCUAUGCAAAACGUAAAAAGCUUUGAUAAAGAGACAUGUGCUUCUCCAGAACAGCAUAAUGAACAUCCACUUGAUAAAGAGAAUUCACCACCUUCUCCAGUAUUUACAAAUGGUCAGACUGCAUUAGGAGAAAGUCAGCCAGAGUCCGUGUUUGGAAGUGAAUUAGACCCAGAUGUAGUAGAAUCUACACAGCACCUAAGCACUGAAGUGAGGCAUUCUUUGCAGGCAGAGAAUCUGCAAGUAAAUGAAGGAGAAUGUCAGGGAUCUCAACCUUCUGUUAAGUAUACUGAUAAUGUCUGCUUUCACAAGGAACCCGAAUCUUCGGAGUCUGAAAAUGAGUUGGUGGGUGAUGAAAGAAACACUUUUCCUUCAACACCAUCAGAAGAUAUUCCCGAUUGUAUGGAGGAAGACUACUCGGACAUUGAUCACAAAGGUGUGCAGUCAUCUGAAAGCUUGAAUGAAAACCAGGCAAGCAAAUUCUCCCAGUCAAAAACUGAACAUUUGCCAGAUUUAGAAAAUCAGAAAGAAUCCUCUAAGAAUGAAGAAUCUACAAGUUUGCUAGCAGCUGAUCCUGAAAAGCAGUUUGACUUGGAGCAGUCACUUAGUUCCUCUCAUUCUUUUAAAGAGGACCCAUCUGAAACUUCAGACCUUCCUAAAGUGCUAAAUGUGGAAUCUCCUCUGCAGGAUAGUUCUUUUGUAAGUGAUGAUGGUUUAGGUGAUAAAGUUAAUGGAGUGGAAAAUAGCUUGCAGGAACCCAAGCUGACAGACCCUGAAACAAGUGUACCUGGUGAUUUUUCAGAGCACGGGAGCAACACUGACAUUUCUGCAAAUCGAACACCGCUAGCUGAACAGUCUACAGCUGAGGAGUUGUGUAAUGUCAGUGAAGUUCAAGAUAGAUUAUGCAACGAUGACUUACAAAAUGUACCUUUAGUUGGUGACAAAGCUGAAAGCAGUCCUGAUGAUUCUAGUGCUGUGGCUGGUGGCAAAAUGUCUGAUGAUGCUGAUAAUGGAAGGAAAUCAGAUUUUAGCGGUAAAGAACAGGUAGCUUAUGGUGAAGACAAUACUGAAUCUGUAGCUAUGGAAUGCGAUUCAGUCUGUAGUGAUCGUGAAUCUGAACAACCCACAAAAUUGACUGAAGCAAUUGUAGCUGAACCUGGUUCUUCUGUUGCAACAAAAACAGAAGAACUUGAAUCCACUGAAAAACGGUCAGUGCCACUGGGUGAAGACACACAGAAAAAAGAAGUGCGUCCACGAAAAUCUAGGUUCCACUCUCCAUCAACAACAUGGUCUCCUACUAAGAGUGAAGUUAAAGAGAGGCAAAAAUCACGUUCUCGAUCACGUUCUAAAAAUAGAGACUCUCCUGUUAAACGCAAGUCUAGAUCACGUAGUAAGGAUAGAGAACGGAAUCAUAGCGAGCAGUGGAAAGGCAGAAGUCGAGACAGACGCCAUAGGAGGCAGUCUAGAUCUAAAAGUCGGUCUCGCUCAAGGUCAGGGUCGCGAACUAGAAAUCGAAAUAGAAGUAAUACAGCUGAGAGAAGUGAAAAGGACUCUCCUUCUUGGAGAGAAAGACGAUUAAAUGACAAUUGGAAAAGUCCUAGGGGAAAUGAUAGAUACAGAAGGAAUGAGCAUGAAAAACCAAAUGAACAUUUUAGAAGUGAUAAAUAUGACUCAAGAGAUUCAUCUGAGCAAUAUACAGAAAUUAAAAUUGACCACCCAGAUUGGAUGUCAGAAAAGAUUAAAUCUUUUGACAGCAGAGGCAGGGGAGAUGGCUGGAUGAGAGGCGAUAGGAGAGGGUGG